AUGCCAGCUCCCCAGAUCAAAUCAGCUGCGGAAGCAGCGUCUCAUUUGAUGGAACACUUCGCGCACAAAGUCACCAAGCGUAGCCAAUACAUCGACCCGAAUCAAAUACAGAAGCUUGCAAUAAUGCUCGGUCGACCAGUCCUCAACGGCCACGACACACGCCGGAUGAAUGCGCCCGCGGGCACACCAAUCCCCCCUGCUCAUCACCUUGUUUAUUUCACGCCUGACGAUCUCGAAGCUCAACUUGGUGCUGACGGGAGUGACCGGACGUUCAACGCGCCUGCCCCUUUUACAAGGAGGAUGUGGGCAGGUGGUAAUAUGAAGUUUGAUAAAAGUAACCCCCUGAGAGUCGGGGAGGAGGCGGAAGAGCACACAAAGCUGAUCAGUGCGGUGGCGAAGACGAGUAGAUCUGCUGGUGAGAUGGUACUCGUUGAAGUAGAAAAAAAGAUGUAUGGAUCACAAGGAUUGGCAUUGGUUGAUACACGGUCAUGGGUGUUUCGUCCAGUGCUACACUCCAAUUCUCGAGAGGGUGUAGCGCUUAGGAGCGUCAACGGUAACAUCCUAGCCCCGUCUUCUAUUUCUGAUGAUUGGACUCGAACUGCCGAGGGUCACCCUGGCGUUGUGGUACAUGGGCCUCUCAAUGUGAUUAACUUGCUAGACUACUGGAGAGACGUUCAUGGAAGCGGCACAGGGCCCGAUGAAAUCAGUUAUAGGGCCAUGUCACCAGUCUAUGCUGGUGAGGAGUAUCAGAUACGAACUUUGGACAUACUGGAGGCUACUGACAGCAAAAUAUUUGAAGUGGUAGCAGAGAAGGAUGGAAUUGUCAUCAUGAAGGCCUCGAUUAUCAAAAAGACAUAG